AAAAUGGAUUGCAUUUAUAAAGUGCUUUUCUAGUUUUUUGACUACUCAAAGCAGUUUUACAGUACAACCCACACUCAUCCAUUCAUCUGUUGAAGGCAGAGGCUGCCAUGCAAGGUGCCAACCUGCUCAUCAUGAAGCUCAAUCAUUCACACACUCUCACCGGAGGGGCUGGGAAUCAAACUGCCUUAAACUUUACACAACAAACCCCACUGCAGUACUUCUAAAGAUUUGUGUCCUUGGACAUCCUUCUGUCACAGCCUGCUCUGCUACCCUCCUGCUACUGUGGAAGUUUCCACUUAACCCACCUCCAUCUCAGUCUCCACUCUGCCACACUUCCUCAUCAGCCUCACGAGUAUCGCCUGUCAACUUCCUGGUUCUCGUCUGCCUGUGGCUGUAUGGGGUUCUCCGGCUUCAGCGUUCACAGGGGAGCCCAGAGUCUCUUGUCAAGUGAAACACCUCAUCUCUAUGAGUGCUACUGGUCUUUACUUUACCUGCUGGCUCCACAAUCUUCAGUCUGUCCACGAGCUUUGGUCUGCUCUGCUGCCUGCUUACCUGCUGCACUCUGCUGCAGCAGGUUGCCCCCCAACGAAAUCUGCCACGUACCUGUUCAACAGUAACCUUGCUGAGAGUUUUAAUGAAGUUUGCAGUAGAUCCUGGAAGCUGAUGACUGGCAGCUGGUGGUGAAUUAUGCUGAUUGGUCUGGGGCGGCUCCAAAGAGAGUGACGGUGGAUAAAAGGCAGGUGUGCAGUGCCAACGGAGGCAGACACCUUUGAUCAGUCUUGGAUAGUCGUUUUGUGUAUCAGGUCGUGUGUUUGGGUUACCCAGAGUUGGGCCAGGGUUGGGAAUCCAUCUUGUUUUUGCUGAAUUGAAAUGGCAAUUCAGCAGUUUAAGUUCUUCUGCCUCAUUACUUCCAUCGUCAUUUACAUCAUCAUCAUCACUACUCUGAGAGCACCCGGUAUAAACAAGUCUGUCCCUAAGCCAUGGGGACCUCCAAGGAUAUGCCCUGUCCACUUCUCUGAGCAGACCAUUACCCCCCUCAACAACACCAAGCACUUGCUGGUGUCAGCCUACAUGGACCAAAGAGUGAAUGGUUUGGAUAUACGCAUCAUUGGUAUAUUCAGGAGGGACUCCAUCCAACCCCUUCACUGUUUUUUCUGCUGUGUAGAUCACUUGUCAAGAACAAGAAUUCCAGCAACAAUUUUACAACAUUCAGACAACUUUGGUUUUCCCUUCGUCACUACAGAUGUCAUGUGUCAGAUUCCUCAAAACUGCAAAGCUACACAUGUUACUCUUUUGCCUCAGUCAGAAAAAGUGAUUUCACCUGAGCAGAUCUGGCUCCCCAUAAGAAACCAAAAGACCAACGGGAAGGAAAAGAGAAAGUUGCAGUUUAACUUCACAGUCUGUAUCUCCAACCUGUUUGGAGACUACAACAAUGUGCUUCAAUUUGCACAGACUCUGGAGAUGUACAGGCUGCUUGGUGUGGAUAGAGUGGUUAUCUAUAACACCAGCUGUAGCCCAGACCUUAGCCGCCUGCUGCAGAGUUACAGCCAGGAGGGUUUUGUGGAGAUGGUUCCUUGGCCCAUUGACCAGCAUCUGAAUCCAUCUCGUGGAUGGCUCCACUCAAAGCAUGGCGGGGACUUGCACUACUUUGGCCAGCUGACCACGCUUAAUGAGUGCAUUUACAGAUCGAUGGACCGGUCGCGGUACGUCCUGUUGAACGACAUUGAUGAGAUAAUAAUGCCAUACCAGCACAAUGGACUAAUGCCUCUGAUGAACAUGCUCAAACAGCAGCAUCCAAAUACAGGGGUGUUCCUCAUUGAGAAUCAUAUCUUUCCCAAGAUCCCCUUAAAAGAAAGUGAACUGGACCCCGUCCCUCAAUGGAAAGGGGUGCCAGGUUUUAAUAUUCUGGAGCACAUCUACAAAGAAGAGCCUAACAGAAACCUAUACCACCCACACAAGCUGAUAGUUCAGCCGAGGUCAGUGGAGCAGACUUCAGUACACGAGGUGAUCAAGACAUUUGGACAAAUGUUCAAGGUUCCACCAGAUGUCUGUCGGAUCAUUCACUCCCCGAUCAGUGUCCCGACUCCACCAGUGCUGGAGAAGCUCCAUAAAGACACCCGACUGUGGGACUUCAGGGAAAAAUUGAUCCCCAGUGUAAACACGGUGCUGAGGAGAGCGGGGCUGUUGCACUAUUGAAUAGAGCUGAGUUGGACCAUAGGUUUUUAUUUUCACAGUGGACGGUUGUAGUUUCAUUAAGGAGUUGAUGCAACUUUACAGUUGUAAGAUUGCACUUCACUUAAUGAUUAUUCAUUUUUACAGAAGUUGUAGCAUAUUCCUUUUCUAAAGCUACAGAACUUGUUUGACUCAUCAAUGUUCAGGUUUGAACCAUGUGUUAAGGUCUGAAAUAAAUCAAUAUGAGAAUUUAAAUAUUCCCAGCACUUUCUGUGAUGUAGUAUGCUUGCUUAUCAUAGGAAGUAAUUGGAACUGACUCUUUACAUUAAGGUAGUAGCCUAGUGAGAACAGGGGAAUCACUUUUUUUUUCUUUUUUUUUUCUUUUUCAUCAAACCAGUUUUUGCAACUUCAUUGCAUAAAUAUCCCGCAUAAUCCACCGCAUUUCUUUUUUUAAGAAAACGUGACGCAUAAUCAAGGAUUUUUGUCCGCAACAAUCACACAAAAUCUUUU